AUGAGCCGCCGGCAGCAGGCACGGGGCGGCUGGGGGGGCCCCAGCGCCGUGGGAAGGGGCAGUGGCGGAGGCGGAGGCCGAGGAAAGGGUGUGAACCACCUCCCCGACAGGUGGAAGGAGUACCUGCCGGUGGGGCGGCGGAUGCCAGGGACGCGCUUCAUCGCCUUUAAGGUGCCUUUGAAGAAGAGUUUUGAAGAGAAACUUGCCCCGGAGGAGCGCUUCUCCCCGCUGGAUCUCGUUAACAAGAUCAGAGAGCAGAACGAAGAGCUCGGCUUGAUCAUCGACCUGACCUACACACAACGCUAUUACAAACCUGAGGAGCUGCCUGAGGCGCUUCCUUACUUAAAGAUCUUCACCGUUGGACACCAGGUGCCUGACGAUGACACCAUUUUUAAAUUCAAGAGUGCCGUGAACAAAUUCUUAAAAGAAAACCAAGAUAAUGACAAACUCAUCGGCGUCCACUGCACACACGGUCUAAAUAGAACCGGAUACCUUGUCUGCCGGUAUUUGAUUGAUGUUCAAGGAAUGAAACCAAAUGACGCGAUAGAACUGUUCAACAGGUGUCGAGGACAUGCGAUAGAGAGACAGAAUUACAUUGACGAUCUCCGGCACGGACCGGUCAGAAAGAACGACGGGACCUUCCGGUCAGAGCAUUUUGAAGAAUCGUCGUUUAUCAAGAGGAGAAACUUUUACAACACCCAAGAAACGGAUUUUCACGGGCCCAGGCGGACCUUUCACUGGUCCCGAGACUUCCACGGCCAGCCCCAAGAAGACGUUCACUACCAGGCCCAUGAAUUCCACUCUCAGUCCAGGGACUUUCGAUCCCACCGGCGAGAAUUCCACUCACAGCCUCGAGAUUUCUACCAGUCCUCCAGGAAAAACCAAUACAGACGGAAUUACUCUUGCCAAAACGUGGGCAGCCAUCCCCCUUUGCCUCCUCCGGGCCCGCCCAGAGAAGACUACUCUCAGAGCAGAUAUACUUGGAAUCUGAAGCCCAACUAUAACCUCCCUCCUUGGAACAAGAGACAGAAACUGAACAGUUACAAUGGACCGUAUUUUUCAGACCCGUGGGGGGCAGAUAGACAGCCACAGAUAUGUAGAAGUCAAAUGGAAGAAAAUAGUUGGCACGACGUUUAGUCGGGCCAGAUCGAGGGAGGUCGCCAUCUGUUUUAUUGCUCUCCCAGACAAGUUUUGCUGAUGGCAUUGAAGUGUGGUUGACGGUGACUUUUUUUAAAUCCCAUGUCAUACCUGCAAUUUUAAAAACAAGAUGGCGUUCUAGCCUUUGGCCAAUGAGCAAAGAGCCUCCGCUGCAGAUUACCAAAAAUUAACAUGCAUAUUGAGAUUUGUCAGUUAAACUUCUUUUUGUUUUAUUAUUUUGGUGACAUUUCGAAGUCAUUUUUAUUACGUGUGCCUCGUGGCCCAUGUUGCUGACACCAUUUUUUUUCUUGUGUUCAGAGUUUUCCGAUUCCAGCCUGCCUAGGAGACAGUCUUGUCAGAGUUAGGCCUACGAGGCAAUGGCUGUUCUUGUAAGGCCUCCCAGAAUGACUGCUCUGGGACAGCCGUACCCGGGUCCAAGAGUAUGACUUUGCCCGAAGCGUUCAGGCUGCUUUGACUGGGUUCCUGCUAACUGCACCUCUUAGGAAGAGAGCAAAAUGAAGCAAAUCACCAAGUUUGUUGGCUUUUAGGAUACAUGCAAGUGUCUAACAUAACGGACACCUGCCAUUGGCACGUGAUACAGUGGAGAGAGUACACAGGUCUUGUGAGGAAGACCCAGGUUCAAAUCCCAGGUCAGCCACUAAAUGACAAGCGCCGGGCUUCCCUGGGCCUCCGUUUCCUCAUCUUUAAAAUGAGGGACUUGGCCUCAGAAGCCUUUCUGGUCCCUUCUAGCUCCAAACCUUGGGGUCCUAGUGGGUCAACCUAAUAAGCAAGUAACAACACUCUAAGUCAUAAGAUUAUUUGUGGAGGAGGAGGAGGAGGAGGAGGAAAAAAGAAUCAGAAGAGGAGGUUGCGUAUUGCCAAAAGGUUGUGCCUGUCAAUCGGUCUGCCCUAGCCUGGUGCCCUUUUCCCUCUGAGAACAUCCAGGCAGUCUUAAUCAGUCUGAAACGUUAGUCCCCUGAGCGCUGCCUCUUGGUGUGAGCUCGAGAUUAGAGCAGGUCUCUCAUUAGGCCCGUUUUAAAUUGGCGCCUUCAAGAUAAAAGGGAAGAAAGGCUCUGAUCUCAGCAGCUCCUCUUCAUGUCCGUCCUGAAGCUAGCACUCAUCCCAUCCGUCUGGUGAGCACGCCAGCCUGUAUUUGGCCCAACUUGGCUCAAAUUCCAGCUCAGCUUCUUAAGCAACGUCUUGUGAUCUUGGGCAAGUCCUAGAUGCUAGCUGGAAAGAUAGAAAGGUCUUUGCAUGCCAUUUGGCAUUCUUUACAAAUGAGGAAACUGAGAACCAGAUUGCUAAUGGCACCUUCCCAGAGCACCCAGGAGUCAUUCUCAGAAGUGGUUUUGAACCCGAGUCUCCUGACUGGAGUCAGUGCUUGUUUUGCUGUGCCAAGCCCUUUCUCACUCAUUCAUUUCUGAGCCUGUCGUUCCUCUAUAAAAAUGGACAGUGGUCUUUGCCUCUACCCCGAGGGGUCAUCAUGAGGGCUUUAUGAAGCAGAGAGAGCCGAGCCGUAGAGUGUCCGCUGCAGGACAUCCUGGCCACCCCCAGCAGCUCCUGAAUCGUGCUGACCCUAGUCCGGAGUUCGCCCUUCUUUGUGCUUUAAAGCUUUACACCUGCCUGUGGAAGCAGCUUUCCCACUCGACAGAUGAGCAAAGAUCCUCGGGAGACAUGACCUUGGACGUCCCCACCAUCGCCUCAGCCAUGAAGGAGCUGAUGGUGGCUGGCAGAAUGCUGCCGUUGCCUCCAGAAGAAAGGCUGCUUUCUCUGAAUUCCCUGCUUCGCACCCAGCUGGGUUCUUUUUCUCCUGGCCUCCAUCUGGAAGAGCUCCGAUCUCUCAGCGAUCACCUCUGACAGUCUGGACGAGUGAGCGCCAGAAUGAAUGCAGUCUUGAGCUUUUGGUCAAGGAAUCCCCUGCCCAUGCCAGGAGAGACGGCGGAGCCCUUGCAUUUUCCCAUGCCGAGUCUCUUCCCAAACCAGCAUCUGUCUGAUCAAACAGUGACCCACAGAGCCAGCCGGAAACCACAGAAGAACCCAGCCUGCUCAGAGUUGGGUUGCUGCGAGCCUUUUUAAGUGAUGGCUACAGAAAAAUGGCCUUCCCAGCGUGUCCUGCUAGCCGUGACACCUCAGCUGUACCAGGAAGACUCUUGGUCAGGCCUGGAGGCAACGAGAGCCGAGAUUCUCCUCCGGGCUCUGAGAGGAGCCCUUUGGAAGCAACCGACAGGAAGAAAAGUUACUGCUGCCUGAAAUGUCAUCAGGGCGGGACAAAACGGAUGCUGGAAGAAAACUGAAACGAAUCGAUGCUUUCCUUCGAGUUCUGGAAGGCCCCUGGAGAAGCACUGAAAUUGGAGAAUCGCUUUGCCGAGCUUAGCAGGUCGGUCUCUUGGGUCUUCCGGCCCUUUCUCUCCAUCUUGGACUCUCCAUCUAGCUCUCUUCUCUCCCUUCCCCUUUCCCCCUCUUUCUCUCUCACUUGCUUUUCCUGAAGCUGAGCUGACGACUGGAUGAGCAGAAAUCAGCCACCCGGUUUUGUGAUGCUCUAGGAGUGAGGUCCAAACAGAAAACGGAGGCGCGGAUCGUUUAAGGGAUUUGCCCAGGGCCCCCCGGGAGCAACCAUUCCGCAUUAGGUCCGGAUCUCCAGGCUUCUGGGUCCCUCCUCUGCGAGGAUCCGGCUACCUUGAAGAGGAACCAGCCUUCGGGCUCGGGGCCCUUUGCUAAGCCUUGUCACGAGUUUGAGAUUUGGGGAGGAUUCAGAUAAACAACUUCCCGAGAGGCCGCCAACAGCUCAGCCUGCAGGCUUCUGCCCUGUCCUUUAGCUAAUGGGUUUGUCUCCAGCUUUGCCUGUCCCGGUUUUUUAAUGUAUAAAAAUGCUUCCCGUGAUAGUAACUGUACUCUUACUAGCCUUUGAUUAAGAAAACAUCAUGACCUAAAGGUGCUAUGAAUUCACUGAGACUUUUCAAUAAAUUGGCAUUUUAUUCAUCA